CUGUUCUGUUGUUGUGUUUGUUCGGCAUAAAAUCACUCGAGAGCUGCUUGCUUGGCAAAAAGUGUAAACAUGUGCUUGCUUGGCGUGUUACUUUGGAUUUCCCCGUGGGAAGAGAGGCGAGAAAAAUGAUUUUCCUCUUAGCAACUAAUGGCUAUGUGUGUGUGUGCACUGCGUGCGUAUGUCUGAGCCUGAGCCUGUAGCCUGCGCGGUGUAGCUCUAGCUCUAUCUUCCCCCUUCCAGUUCUUUGUCCCUCCUCCAUCUAUCGUAAGACUCUCCCGGAACGCGAUCAAUCUGCUCCGCAUCCUGCUGCAACCAGGAUGGGCCACCACCAUCACCACCACCAUCAUCACCACCACCUCCGCCACCACAGAAACAACCUUCACUUCACUUUCACGUCCAUUUAGCCCCACUCCAGACCCGAGACCGAGUCCUUCGGCGCGCUCCAUGCUACCCCGGCGAGUCUGAUUUCACCCCCUAUUUCUUGGACGACUUCAGCGGCAGCAUGCCCGAGACAGGAGCGGCAGGAGCAGCAGCUGCUGCAGCCGCAUGUAGCAGCACCACCACCGACACAGAGGUCUCACGGCACAGACACCGCGACCGGUCGCAGGGAGACGGGGAAAAGACAGACCAAAGUGCCACCUCGCAACAAACAUCGUCCGGAGGAGGAGGUGGUGUUCUCGAUAAGUUGUUUGGUAAGAGGCUUCUUCAGGCCGGUCGUCACAUCAUGUCUCAUAAGUCCUGGAUGAAGACCGUCCCCACCGAGAACUGUGAUAUACUCAUGACCUUCGCAGAUGCCACAGACGACCACACGUUACUAUGGCUCCUGAACCACAUCCGCCUGGGCAUUCCGGAACUCAUCAUCCAGAUUCGCCAUCACAAGCACACGCGCGUAUACGCCUUCUUUGUCACCGCAACCUACGAGAAUCUGUUACGGGGUGCGGAGGAGAUGGGUUUACGGAAAGCGGUGAAGCCGGAGUUUGGGAGCGGCACGCGAAGUUUCUCCUGCGAGGAGGAUUACAUCUACGAGAACAUCGAGAGCGAACUCUGCUUCUUCACAUCGCAGGAGCGUCAGAGUAUAAUCAAAUACUGGCUGGACAAUCUUAGGGCCAAACACGGCGAGGUCCUCCACAACAUUCACUUCCUAGAAGGGCAGCCAAUCAUCCCGGAGCUGAGGGCGAGGGGCGUGAUCACCCAGAUCUUCCCGCUUCACGAGCAGAGGAUUCUGGGGCAGCUGAUGAAGUCAUGGGUGCAGGCGGUGUGUGAGAAGCAGCCCUUAGAUGACAUCUGUGAUUACUUUGGUGUGAAGAUCGCCAUGUACUUCGCCUGGCUGGGCUUCUACACCACCUCCAUGCUCUACCCAGCCGUCAUCGGCUUCGUGCUCUGGAUGCUCACCGAGUCAGACCAGACGAGUCGUGACAUCUGCUGCGUGGUGUUUGCGUUGUUCAACGUGGUGUGGGCCACUCUCUUCCUGGAGCGAUGGAAACGACGCGGGGCGGAGCUAGCCUACAAGUGGGGCACACUGGACACGCCCACUUCAGAGUCCCUCGAGGAGCCCCGCCCACAAUUCAGGGGUGUGAAGCGGUGUAGUCCGGUGACGGGGUGCGAGGAGUUCUACUACCCCCCCUGGCGGCGGCGGCUGUUCCGCUGGCUGGUCAGCCUCCCCGUCUGCAUCCUCUGCCUCGCCUUCGUCUUCCUCGCCAUGCUCAUAUGCUUCGAACUGCAGGAGUUUGUGAUGGGCAUCAAGGAGCUCCCACGCAUGGCCAGAUUUAUUCCCAAAAUCAUGUUGGCUAUCACUGUGACUGCAUGUGACGAGGUGUACAAGAAGAUUGCCUGUUGGCUCAACGACAUGGAAAACUAUAGACUUCAGAGUGCCUAUGAGAAGAAUCUCAUCAUCAAAAUGGUUCUUUUUCAGUUUGUAAAUUCCUAUCUCAGCCUUUUUUAUAUUGGAUUCUACCUCAAAGACAUGGAGCGGCUCAAAGAGAUGUUGGCCACUCUCCUCAUCAUCCGCCAGUUCCUCCAGAACGUGAAGGAGGUGUUGCAGCCGUACCUGUACGAGCGCCACAAGCUGGGUGACCUGACCCUGAAGGCGGUGUGGGACCUCCUCAUGACCGCUCUGCUGCGCUACGUUCGAUUGGCCGCCGGCAAGGCCCAGCUGACGCCCAGCGAACCCGCCGCACCCGGCCCGGGACUCAGGGGAGCGCGGCCCGGAGGCGGCACGGGAGGGGGCCGGAGCCGGGGCGGAGGAGACAGGCGGGACAAGAAGUGUCUGAACGGAGGAUGCGGGGUGGCGGACGAUGAGGAGGAGGGGACGGAAGAGGAGGAGCACAGCGGGAAGACGAGUGGAGGAAGUGGUACGGGAGGAGGUUCGGGUAGCGAGGACGUGGAGGAGGAGAGCAGCGAGAGCCUGAUGGACUGUGGUCUGAAGCUGCGGAAGGUGAGCUUCAUGGAGAAGGUGGAGCAGCGCAAGGCUUCGUCAUCGACGGGCCACCACCACCACUCCUCAUUGGUCCAGGAGGACAGUUUCAUGGAGGAGGGCAGCCCCACCAUGGUGGAGAAGGGCAUGGACCCCGCCUCCGUCUUCGAGAUGUGCGACGACGACGACGAUGACGAUGACAAUGGUGGCUUGGGCGGUAGUAGCAGUGGUGGGAAGGAGCUGGGUUCCGAUUCCGUCAUCUCCUCCACCACCUCUCACCUCUCGUCAUCAUCAUCGGGUCACGAUGGCGUCUCCUCGACGACGACAGGGGCGCGUCACCGGCGAAAGGGGAGGAGUCUGGAGAGGGCCAAUAGCAAGACGAAGAAGGACUCGUGGAUAGAGCCCCCGGAGGAACUGGAGUCCAACACGCUGACGCAGGCCGAGAUGGAGAGCUGUAUGCAGAAGUAUGAGGACACGUUCCAGGACUACCAGGAGAUGUUUAUCCAGUUUGGCUACGUGGUGCUCUUCUCCUCCGCCUUCCCGCUGGCCGCAAUGUGCGCGCUCAUCAACAACGUCAUCGAGAUACGCAGCGACGCCUUCAAGCUCUGCACCGGACUGCAGAGACCCUUCGGACAGAGAGUCGAGAGCAUCGGACAGUGGCAGACGGUGAUGGAGGUUAUGGGGUUAAUUGCCAUCAUCGUGAACUGCUACCUGAUUGGCCAGUGUGGCCAGCUGCAGCGCCUCUUCCCCUGGCUCAGCCCCGAAAUGGCCAUCAUAUCCAUCGUCAUCCUGGAGCACUUUGCGGUCCUGUUGAAGUAUAUCAUUCAUAUCGCCAUCCCAGACAUCCCCAGCUGGGUGGGGGAGGAGAUGGCCAAACUGGAGUUCCAGCGCAGGGAGGCCUUCAAGAAACACGAGCGUCAGGCGCAGCAGCACUUCCAGCAGCAGCAGCGGCGCAAGCGCGAGGAGGAGGAACGCCAGCGGCAGGCGGAGCACCAGGCGCGCCGCGACCGUGAGCGGGACGAGGGACGAGGAGGCUCGGACGGCUCCGGCAGCGGCGGUGACCACCACCACGAGGGCAAAGGUCACGGGGGCAAAGGUCGCUCGGGAGGCGGCUCCAGCGGCGACAAGCCCAAGCGUCCCAGCUCGCUGCUGGCCAACAACAACGUCAUGAAGCUGAAGCAGAUCAUCCCGCUGCAGAGCAAGUUUUCGUCCUCGGGCGCGCGCUCGCCGCAGUCGCCCACGGGCAACGAGCCCAAACUCCCAGGGUUCCUCAGCUUCAAGUUCCUCAAGUCGCCGGAGAACAAGAAGGAGGCGGCGGCGGCGGCUGCGGCGGCUGCUGCUGCUGCUGCUGCAGCUUCCUCUUCAUCAUCAUCCGCCCCCUCCUCCUCCACUGGGUCCUACGCCUCCUCCUCCUCAGCCUCCACCUCCUCCUCCUCCAUCACCUCCUCCUCCAACACCUCCUCCAGCUCCGGAGGCAGUGUAGCCUCCUCUUCCACAGGACAGGAGCGCUCUUCACAGUCCCCCAGCAAGUCCUUCAACCCCAGCAAACUCUUUAACUUCGGCAAGUCGGAGGGAGGUGGAGGAGGAGGAGGAGGAGGGGGAGGGUGUGUGAACGGGGCGGCGUUGCCCAGGGAGGGGGGUCAGGGGGGGUCAGGGUUGGGAUCGGACGGUCGUGGCAGCAAGGCGGACCUGAACGGCGUUCCGGACGAGAUUCCGUCGCCGUCGUCAUCGCGGGAGAACGGUGAGAACGGACACUCCACGGACCCGGAAAUGUCCAGGCCCUGAGAUCAUCAGGUGGAAUUAUCCCAGAGGAACAAUUUGAGAAAAGGGGAUUCAAAAACAGACAAGUUUAUCACUGCGGAGAAGAGAGGAGAAGAAAGGGGUAGAGCAGCAGAGGGGGAACUCAUUGGAGCUCUUCUGUCUGUACUGUCAAUGCUUUUGAUUUCAAAGCUGAUUUCAUGUAAACUUAAAGCUGCAAGCAGUUCAGUUAGCGGACUUCAAGGGUGAUUCAAGGUGAAAAAAGAAAACGGGCGAGAGCGAGGUGCAGGCUUUUAAACAUGACACACCCCUACCCUGAUCCCUCUCUGAUAAC